AUGAGAUCCUACGACGGCGAGAGCAGCUCGACGGAGGACGACGACAGAAGAGAGGGACUCCCCGAGGCGCAUCUUCAGCAAGGAUCCUGGCAGCGCUCGGCAUCGCAUCCCACAUGGGCCUGGGAGCAUCGCGCCACUCAUCCUCUGCCACCGCAAUCUGCGGCGUCGUUGGAGUCCAUGUACUCGGUGCCAGGAGCGUCUCACCCUAGCGUUUCCGCUCCUCCAGCUGGCUACUCAUCGGAGCUCCCUCAGAGUGCACCUGGUAGGAGGACUCCUCUGGGUGCCGUCGGUCUCGGUGGAUUCUAUUUUCAGCAGCAACCGCAACCGCACGCCUCUUCGAGUGCUUUGUCCGAUGAGAACAGACCGGGCCACGAAAGACCUAGUGCGUCCAGACUGAACUGCCCGCCAAAGUCGAAGAGCACGCGCCAAGGUAAAAGCAUGCGACUGAACAUAAACGCGCGAGAGCGCAGAAGGAUGCACGACCUGAACGAUGCCCUCGACGAGCUUCGAUCUGUCAUUCCCUACGCCCACAGUCCGUCCGUGAGAAAGCUGUCCAAGAUAGCCACUCUUCUGCUGGCGAAGAACUAUAUUCUCAUGCAAGGAAACGCUCUGGAGGAACUGAGACGAGUGAUAGCGGUGCUUCAGUCGCCCCACGCUCACACCACCGCUCUGCCACCCACGCCUGUUUCCUACGAUCUCCUACACGGAUUUCCAGGCAAGUUGUUCCAAGGCGUCCAGGACAUGCCUGGGCUUCCUGCCACCGAUCCUCAGGGUGUCACCGCUGGAGGACCCCCGACUGACGGCGCUGUGACAAGUGGGGAGUCGAAUUAA